UCAAGUAGAACUUUGUAGUUGCUAAUCUAAAAUAUUAUCUAUAUUUACCGUAAAGCUCAGCUUUGAGGUAUGGUACAGUUUAUAGCUGACGAGUGGACCGGGUUGUUGUUGACAGAUACGAUAGUUAAUGUAAUGCAUACACUUCUAUACUCUUGCUAGAAAGCUCAGCUAUCCUGUGAGGCAUAGAAUACUUCAUAACCAAAAUGGGGCGUGACACUCUAGUGGCUAGUGCUUUGUUCGUGUUAACUGUAUUCACACGAGGACUUUUGGCACAGUUAAAUGACACUUAUUAUUCAAUAGAAGUUAACUUUGAAACCAUCGAGUGUAAAAUGUGUCCGCCUGGCACUUACUGGAUUCAACAUUGUAGUCAAGACGGUGGCCAGGCAGUAUGUCAGGCCUGUCCGAAUGGACGCUUUACAGAGGACUACAAUCGAGCGAUUUAUUGUGAAAGGUGUACUGAAUGUAAAGGAAAUUAUAAAGAAUCGCGUGAAGUUGUGGCAGAGGCGUGUACGCGAUUUCACGACACGAUAUGUGAGUGUAAAGCAGGGUACUGGAGAGAGGAAGGAAUAGUCGGAGAUUGCCGAGAAGUGUCGCCGUGUAAGCCCAGAUAUGGCGUGAAAAAGUUGGCGAACAGUCACAAUGAUACAACAUGCGAGAGAUGUGUUAACGGGAAGACCUUCUCCAACAUCAGUUCCGAGGUGACGCCAUGUCAGAACUGUUCAGUUUGCCCCGAGGGAUGGUUACAGAAAUGGCCAUGUAACGAAUAUGAGGAUACUGUCUGCAUUCCAAAAGAUGAAGUUAAAGAGUAUAACAAAGUUGGUCUUAUUGUUGGGGUGGUCUGUGGCGUUUCAGUACUCAUUCUUGUGAGUAUCAUCCUUUGCUACUGUUGUCGAAAAAAAAGCGCUCAAGUUCUUCAAAAGUUGCGUAACAGCUGGAGAAAUAGACGACGUCAAGAAAACGUUGAUGAUGAGGAACAAGCUAACCCACUACAGCAAGGCAAUGAUAUUGAAAUGCAUCAAGUAAAUGGAGGAAACAACAGUUAGUGAACACCUUUACCUUAGAGUACUUACUGCAAGAAGAACCUUUGAGUACUUACUGCAAGAACAAUGUCAUUUGAGCGCAAAAUGCUGAUUUACUUGCCACGCUCAUAUGCAAGCUCGAGAAUCUCAUUGGCAGAAGCAUAGCCUGAAUACUCAUCCGUUUUACGAAACACAUACAACGUGUAUCAACAAGGGUUGAUCUGACUAUGUGCAGUAGAACUCUGUAAGAAUUGCAUGUACGAUAGAACACGUUAAGAAUUACAUGUAUGCUAGAACAUGGUUAGAAUGACGUGUACGGUAGCACAAUGAUUGAUUUACGAGAGUAUCAGCGAGCAUACAUCUUUGAGGGUGUUACGUGUACUAGUGUUUUAAAUUAUGUACUUCAUUGUUACUGUUCAAACCCCUCCUGUAUUGGUUUUGUUUUGUUUAAUAGUCUUGUUUCAUAUGCAUGUUGACAUACAUUAAAAUCAACUGUGUUCUUGUAUUUAUUCAUUCAAUCAAAUUAUUUUGUGAGGACUACAUUGCAACCUUUUAGUGGGAAAAAUACUCAAUGUCUAGAAAAUGGUCCUUUCAAUGAGUUUAGAUUUAAUUUGAUAUUAGAAAUACCAGCAGAAGAGAGGGUAUUUUAAGAACUUUUGGACAUUAUUUUUUAUUCCAGGCAUUAAAAUUUUCAAAUUAUUUUUAAUUGAUUUGUUAUUGAAUAAAUAUGUUGUUGUUUAAAGCUGUUUCUGGUUUCUCUUUCUCUGUUGCAUUUGGUGCUCUUCCCAAAAUUACGACUUCAAACCUCAUGCACAUACUGGGGUCUUUCGAGCAUAUGCCAAAAUGUCAUAAAAUUAAGAUGUUCUGUUAAAUAUGUCUGUAUCAUCAAUUUAAUUCAACUUCAUUAUAGCAAAAUCAAAUAAAAACUGACCAAUGAA